AUGAACCGACGGUGUAGUAAUUACUCCAAGCUCGAUAAGGAAGACCCAGAAGAAGUAUUGCACCGGCGGGCUCAGUCCCUGAUCUACAAGGUGAUGCAACGCGCCGACCAUUCGCGGCGGAGCGCGUCGUUUUGCCAGAUCAAGCUCUGCAAGUUGAAGGUGAGGAUCGGGAAGAGGCUGAAGAAGCUGAGGAAGAGCGUGGUUUUGAGCAUGUCGGCGGCGAGGUUGAGGAUUUACCGGAUGAUUACGAUUCAGUGGAAGCGGUUGUUCGGCGGGCGCUCAAUCACCAGCGGCGGCGGUGGUGCUCUUCCUGCUGUUGCGGCUGUAGUUUCCAUCUUCCCAAAACCCUGCUCCCGAGCACCUCCCACUCCCAAUCCAAGUAGGCCACUCGGAGUCGUCGAUGGAGAAACUUUGGGUUGGAUUACGUUGCUUGCUAAUUUUUUUUUUUUAGGAAAACGUUGCUUGCUUAUUAAUAACCCACCAAUAACGAAGUUUCCAUUGUAUAGCACGAAGUUUCCAUUGAAUAGCACAUUAUAG